UGUUUCAGUACGCGCCAUGUCACGAACAGCAUCAUCCUCUUCCACGCGACAUGUCGAUAGUGCAACUCUCUCCAACGGCACACUCCCAAUUUUCUUCCCACCCCAAUCCUCCGACAACCUCGGACCGCGGCAUUUUAUUCCACGAAAAGGUGCGCUACCUUAAAGCCCUCAAAGUGAACCCGGAGAAGGCUUUCCACUUGAACCCCACACUCCGCUCCUCCCCUCUGGCCGCCCUGGAAUCCGUGGCGCGCUGUCUCUACUCUCUCGGAGUUCCACGCGCCGCCUUGGGGCGCAUCCUCGACAUGCACCCCGUGCUCCUCACGUGCGACCCCUAUUCCCAACUCUAUCCCCUCCUCGACUUCCUCCUCCAUGAGGUCCCAAUCCCCUUCCCCGACGUGCACCUCUGCAUCCUCCGCUGCCCCAGAUUGCUCGUUUCCAGCAUCGAUGAUCAAUUGCGUCCCACGCUGUUCUUUCUCAGGGAAUUAGGGUUCUGUGGGCCACACUCCCUCACGUGCCAGACCACCCUGCUUCUCGUGUCCAGCUUGGAGGACACCCUUUUGCGCAAGAUUGAGUUUUUGAAGAGUUUGGGAUUCACCCACAUCGAGGUUUCCAACAUGGUCGUCAGGUCCCCUGGGUUAUUGACUUUAAGCGUGAAGAAGAAUUUAAUGCCCAAGCUGGAAUUUUUCUUGAAGGAGAUGAAUGGGGAUGUUGCUGAGCUCAAGAGGUUUCCUCAGUACUUUUCUUUUAGCUUGGAACGGAGGAUUAGGCCCAGAUUUGGGAUGCUUAGGCAGCUUGGCGUGUCGAUGCCGUUGGAAGAUAUGUUGAAGGUUAGUGAUGGCGAGUUUAAUGCUAGGUUGCUUGAAUUAAGGUUUAAGACUCUCGAGUUUGGAGUAGGACAAUAGUUGUAUUAGUUUGCUGUUGUUGGGAAGUUUAAACCAUUUUAGUCCAAACAUCAAGGAUUUUAGGAUCACCCACAUUUGUCUGCGAUUUUCCUCAAUUUGAGUGUGAUGAAACUGAAAUCAUGAUGGUGAACGCAAUUUAAAACCUGAAUGUUGGUUUUGCUAAAGACUAAGUAUAGUGGUUGAUACUGAUAAACAUUUGUGCAAAUCUGUUAAACUAAUGUAGA